AUGGAUAGUGAAUCUAAAGGUACAUUUGUAGAGCUGAGAACAUUUGAAACGUACGAAAACAGGCAUGUUCUUGGUAAAAAAGUCGAAGAAAUUGGAAAAGGACACAAGUGGGCUCUGGAGGAGGAGAAUCGGCUGCCAAGCGAAGAGAGACUUCAUGUUGGGUCGAAAGAACAAGGCGGCGAAAAGCGACUAAUUCAGCCCAGAAUUGAUGCAGCAUUGCAGAACAGUACAGCAGAAAUCUACUUGAAAAUGUUCAAGACCGCAUACCAGCUUGCAGUAAACCCAACAAUGCCUCUAAAACACUUUAAAGUCCUUGUGAAGUGCCAGAGAGAAAACGGGGUUGUUUUAGUUCAAGGGAGAGACGACAAUAAAGCGGCCAGAGAGUACAUUCAUUAUAUUGCAACCGCUGUUCGAGAGAAGUGUGCAGCAAUUAUUGCUAGCCAAAAUUUCAUGUCUUUAAUGUCUGAUGGCUCCCAAGCUAGAAAAACAGGGUCGGAAAAGGAAAUGAUUUUACUGCGUGUUGAAAGAAAUGGAAUACCCUGUUACCUUAUAGUAUCACUUCUUGAAAUGAGUAGAUAUGGGGGUGUUGAUGCAGACUCCAUUAAAAAAGGUAUUGAUAGCAUUUUUGACGAAAAAAAUGGGGUGAUCAAGCUCCAAGCAAAGGCAUACGCAACAAAAAUGGUCUCAGCAACAACCGAUGGUGCAAGUGUGAACACAGGAAUUUACAAUGGUGUUCUUAAACAGCUUUCUUUGAAUCGCGAUUGGCUUUUGAUGAUACACUGUGCAAAUCACCGAGUAGAGCUUGCCUUCAAGUCUGCAAUAGCAGAAUCCGCAUUCAGUGCUUGUGAUGAGCAAUAUAAAACUAUAUACACGUUACUAAGAAACUCUGGUAAAAUAAAUGCUCAAGUUUAUGCUGCAUGCAAAGCCCUUGGCAUUGAAGCACACAAGAAACUUCCAAAGAUCCAUGGAACACGGUUUGUGAACCAUCGUAGAAAAGGGAUGAAAAUCUUGGUCGACAUGUGGCCAGGGCUAAUAACGGCCUUUGAAAAUACCUUAACGGAUGGUUCAGGGGCAGCAGAAACAAAAGCAAAAAUUAAAGGCUUACUAAAAACGUUGCAGUCAUAUGAGUGCUUUUGCAAAAUGGCUAGCUACAUAGAUGUACUAGAGGCGGCAGGGCCUGCAUCACUUGUGUUUGAAGGGGAUGGUGUUAUGCCAUACGAAAUCGCGGGGGCAAUUGAGAGCACCGUCGUAGAGCUGAAUGACUUGGAGGCAAACGCUGGAAAAGAUGAAGAGCUCCUAAACAGCCAAGUUGCAAAGUUCAAGGUAGAGGGUAAUGGGGAAAUUGUUGGAGUGUAUUUGAAAGAGGGGCAUGGCAGAAAAAAGCCAGUCAACAGAGAGUGCAUCGAUGUAAGUAUAACUGGAAUGAAGUUCUCAGCAAAGGCACGAGAGAUUGCAGCGAAUGCAAAGAAGGCCACUGUAAAGAAGUUGAAAAGUCUGCUUCUAGAAAGGUUUCCCGAAACUGACAACAAACUCUACCAUGCUAUGCAAAUCUAUGACCCACAGUACUGGGAAGACGAUGUAGACUAUGGUGUGGAGAGCCUCGAAAUCAUUCUUGAUAGAUUCGCUGUUCCGCUUUUGGAAGCUGGAAUCAGCACAGAACAUGUUUUUUCUGAAUGGAAGAGAUUCAAGCUUCUUGCCCGACGACAACUGAUGGGACUUUUUGCAGAGCCGAAAGUUCUUUGGCGGCAAGUUUUGAGUUUUAAGAGGCUUCAGUUUCCAAACUUGUGCCUUGUUAUCGAGUUGUUGAUAACCAUUGCAGGAUCAAACUCUGCCGUUGAAAGGGCAUUUAGUGUUUUGACCCUUUUACUUAACGAUCGUCGGCUGUGCAUGACUCACGAAACCAUGGAGAAUCUGAUGAUAGUUAAAGGGAAUGACAAAGUGUGGACGGAAAAAGAAAAAAAAGACAUCUUGGCACGUUCUGUCGACAUUUAUCUUGAGAAGAGACGGAAAACAAAACUAUCAUCAGCAGGAAUUGAAGGAGAGCCAUCCAGCAAAAAGAUAUGCCUUGACAAAGGCAGGCAAUUUGAAGAUAAAAACUUUGAAGAUUCAGAUCAAUCUGAGACAGACAGAGAGUCCAAUGACAGUGACUUUUUUACGUAG